CACCCCACUACACGCUACUCGAACCGGAUAACUUCAAACCUGGAGUGAUACAACAUAAUCAUAUGGGAUCAUGUCUCUCUUUCCGAUCGGACGAGUUCUCAAGGGUAAAAUAGGGACGUACACGAUAACCAAAGAGAUUCAAGAGACUGUUUGGUUUGCGAAAAACCAAGCGCAACGUACUGUGGUCAUCAAAAGCGUUCAAGACCAUCCAAGAGUAGAAAACGAACGAAACGUCCUCAAACGAUUCCAAGAUCGUACUCGCUACCUUCGGCCAUUGGUCGAUGAAAUCGAGGACCCUGCUACUCCCAUAACCAUUGCGCUAAGGUACCUUGAGAGUGACCUUUUAGAUGCAUCGAUUAAGAGGACUUUGGACCGAAAGGAAAUCAAGCAUGUUUCUCGGUGCAUCCUAGAAGCAUUACAAGUUCUCCACGAGGAUGGCUAUGUGCACACCGAUGUCAAACCUGACAAUGUUUUUGUCAACCUUCAGGAAGGGGACAUUCGAUUUUCCGAUGUCCAGCUUGGAGAUCUAGGUGGCUGUUAUCAUGUUGAUUCGGAAUGGGCCACAUCUGGAACUUUAGUCGGAGCGCCUAUAUGGUCAAGCCCAGAGGUUAUCAUGGAAAUGCCAUGGAACACGGCGUCCGAUAUCUGGUCAUUCGGUGCUGUAAUGAUAACUUUGAUCUACGGCGGGAACUUCAACAUCUUCCGACCUAAAGGAGUUGACCGAGACCACGAGGACUACUUACUGGAGGUUGUUAAGGAACAAUUUCGUUUUUUUGGCCCGUUUCCUGCAAAGUUUGAGGAAAUCGCUAGCCGAGAAACGAUUGAUUCAAUCCUAUAUUUGAUGCAAGAGAUCCCUAAGGAUAAGACAACGCCCUUUUCUCGGAUAACUGAAAAAGAAGUUAUCAAAAAGGACAAAGACUUCAUUGGGAAGAUGAUGAAGCUUGAUUGGAGGGAUCGACCAACAGCAAAGGAGCUGCUAAGAGAUGAGUGGUGGAAGGAGGGUGAGGAUUAGGCAUGUUGAUGCGUUGCAACAUCAGAACACGAACAUCUAUGUCGACUGUUGCAAUAAGUUCUUCAACAACUCGCAUCCUCUCGACGGCUAUCGCGAUCGGGGUGGUUUUCGACACUUAUGACCCAGAACAUGUGGUUUACAUGUUAUCUGGAUACCAAUCCCAACUGCAUAACUUGCAGGGACGUCUGCACAUGGUGGGCUUGGGCUAAGAUUCUCAUUUUGGGUGCAUACUGGGGGCCAACUUCCAAAUUGUUAGCUAGCCUAUUAAUCCCAGUCGUUCGACUGAAGUCGAGUUGCAUCGAAUAGAUGAGGAAUCUUAAUUAGUCGGCUUUGUGAAUGGUAAACCAUUAGGCCCUACCAUCUCAGCUUUCUUUAGUCUUCUAGAACACUAGAAGUGCUUCUAUGUAAAGCAGCUGCAUCUCUAUAUUUAUUCACCGCAG